AUGCUUCUGGAAUUACUGCUUUUGGCGUGUUAUGUGUCAGCGUCGCCCAGACUCUCAGAAGAGGAGGAGUGCUUAUUGGAAGUGGAGAAGCUGAAACGCAGCAUCCGAGGGCUGGAGAACAAGCUGUUAAUAGGCGCCUGGCAGCUCAAGAACCUGCGGCAGCACAAUUUCUUCCACCUGUCGCAUAGACGCCCGCCCCAGAGACACAAUGAAACCACCCUGGAACCACCUUCGCUACCCAAAAUGUCUGGGAAUCUCAUCGUAUAUGACCAUGAUUGUUCUAUGCUAUACGACAGACUGAAGCCGCCGAGCGGGUUCUACCGAAUAAAGCCCAAAUCUGCAGAAGAUCCAUUUCUGGUCUAUUGCGAUAUGUCAGACGGUGGGGGUUGGACCGUCAUACAGCAGAGACGUAACGGGAAAGUGGAUUUUAACCGAGACUGGUCUGAUUACAGAGAUGGAUUUGGAAAUUUCAAAAGAAACAAUGACGAAUUCUGGCUAGGGAAUGAGCACAUCCAUGCGCUGCUCCAAGACGGUGAACAUUUGUUGAAGAUUGAUCUAAUGGACUGGAAAGGAGAAAGGAAUUAUGCAAUGUAUGAAAACUUCAGAAUUGCAAAUGAGAAGGAUAAGUACCAGCUGCAGUUUGGUUUGUACAGUGGGCGGGCUGGUGAUGCUUUGUCCGGAGGGAGUCGCAUGGUAGAGCAGUGGUCCAUCUCCCACAACAGCAUGCAAUUCAGCACCAGGGACGAGGACCAUGACCGUUAUCUGCAGGGUAGCUGCUCAGAGGAGAACAAGGGAGGCUGGUGGUACAACAGGUGUCACGCAGCAAACCUGAAUGGGAAGUUCUACAGGGGAGGGGAGUACAAGGGCAGAUAUGACAAUGGUGUGGUGUGGAUGACUUGGAGGGGCCUGUGGUACUCUCUCCGACACACCACCAUGAAGGUCCGGCCCCUGGUCUUCAUGGACAGCAUGGGAAGUGGUUCUGAGGCAGAGGGUUAG